UUCACAAUCUAUACAUUAAUUCAUCCUAAUCCCUAAUAUACAGCAUCCUUAAGCCUCAGCAGUUCAAAGCCAAUAAUAUAUACUCAGUAUUUAUACAUAGUUUAACUCUCUAACAAAGCUUAUCAAUCGAUCGAUAACACAAUGGCAACUUCGGGUGUGAAGUGCGAAAACGAUAUCGUUCGCCCGGUUGUAGACUUCCCUCCCAGUUUAUGGGGUGACCAAUUCUAUUCAUACUCCAUUGACAAUGAGGUUGCAGAAGCAUAUGCAAAAGAGAUUGAAAUUUUGAAGGAGCAAACAAGGGUGACAUUAAUUAGUUCAAGCAACUACAAUGUCACAGAGAAACUGAAAUUCAUCGACUUACUAGAACGACUCGGAGUAGCCUACCAUUUUGAGAGAGAGAUUGAAGAUCAACUGCAGCAUAUUUACAUCACCCGUCAUCAUGCACAACACUCUCAUGAUGAUUUGCAAACUGUUUCUCUUCAGUUUCGCCUGCUCAGACAACACGGCUUCAAGAUUUCUUCUGAUAUAUUCAACAACUUUGUUGAUAGCAACAGCAAAUUCAAGGAUACCUCCGAUAUCAAGGGUUUGUUGAGUCUGUAUGAAGCUUCAUAUGCGAGAACACAUGGUGAUGAUGUUUUGGACAACGCACUCACUUUCACCAUGACUCGUCUUCAAUGCGUAAAUCAAAAUUUCAAAUCCAACUCCACUCUGGAGAAGCUUGUGGCGCACGCCCUCGAGCAACCAUUGCAUACUGGCAUGCCCAGAAUUGAAACACGCUUUUUCAUUUCAGUCUACGAGCAAGAAAACGAUAUGAAUCGGAAUGACAUGUUGCUCUGCUUUGCAAAGUUAGAUUAUAACUUUCUGCAGAUGCUGCACAAACAAGAACUGAGUGAAGUGUCAAGGUUAGUUAUUCAUUUUUGCCAUCAUUUCUGCAAAUUCUAUACAUAUUCUAUAAAUACAAACACGCAAACAGCACGUGAUUUUUCAUUCCAUUUUAAAACUCAAGUUUUCUUACAAAUGUAGGUGGUGGAAAGAGCUCGACUUUGCGACAACUCUUCCUAAUGCAAGGGACAGAGCAGUUGAAUGUUAUUUUUGGGCACUUGGAGUCUAUUUUGAGCCUCAAUUUUCCAAGGCUCGAGUAAUGCUUGCCAAAAAUAUUUUAAUUGUUUCAAUUCUAGAUGACACUUAUGAUGCAUAUGGUACCAUAGAAGAAUUGGAGGUCUACACAGAUGCUAUUUGCAAGUAAGUACCUUAUAUUUUUGUAAAUUGCAAGUCAAAUUGCAAUAUAGAAUUGUCUACAAGAUCCAAUCCUUUUACAAAUUUUCUACGUGUAGUAUGGUACGAUACUUAAAGUUUGUACUAAUGAAUUUGCAUUCCCUUUUAGGUGGAAUGUCGACCAAAUGGAUCGGCUUCCAAAGUAUAUGAAGAUAAGCUACAAAGCUUUAUUAGAUCUUUUUGACGAAGAUGCCAAAGAUCUCUCCAGGGAUGGAAGAUCAUACGCUGUUCAACACGCUAUGGAGAGGGUAAUUACAGUAUACUAAUUACUUUUUCCAUAACAAUAUGAUUCAGUUUUUGCGCUACCUUUAUUUUAAAUUUUCAUUCAUAAUAAUUAUUUCAGAAGUCUUAUAUGUUGUGUUUAUUAUUAAAUUAAAUAGAUGAAGGAACUUGUGAGAUGCUACUUUAUCGAGGCCAAGUGGUUUAUUGAAGGACAUAAGCCUGUAUUUACUGAAUACUUAAGAAAUGCAUUCGUUAGUUGUACCUACUACUUGUUAGCAACAAUAUCUUGCUAUGGAGUGAAGUCUGCUGAUGAACAAGUAUUUGACUGGUUAAUUAAGAAUCCAAAAAUACUUGAGGCAAGCGUAGCCUUAUGCAGGCUUAUCGACGACAUCGCUACCUUUGAUGUAAGAAAUGCAUAUAUAUUAUAUAAAAAUCCAUAUUUUUUGGUAUGGUAAAUUCUUUCAUUAUAUAUGCUUAACUAAUUAUUUCUGCUAAUUUUACCAACCACAGGUUGAGAAAGAUAGAGGACAAGUUACAACCGGUAUUGAAUGCUACAUGAAUGAACAUAGUGUAUCACUAGAAGAAGCCUUGGAAAAGUUCCAAGAAUUAGCCAAAAUCGCAUUAAAAGAUUUGAAUGAAGGAAAUCUUAAGCCAACACCUGUAUCUGGAGAUAUACUCUGGCGCAUUGUAAACCUUGCUCGGAUUGUUUUUGUUACAUACCAACACAACCAAGAUGGAUACACUCAUCCUGAAAAAGUCUUGAAACCUCACAUAAUUGCAUUGCUUGUGGACUCCGUGCCACUCUAGCUUAUCAAUAAUGUACCAUAAUAACCCCAUGCAUUAGGGGUAUUGCUUUAUAUGCCUACAUGCAAAAAAAUCCUUCAUUUUUUUUUUCAAAUUUGUUUUUCAUUUGAGUUCAUAUAGUAUAUUUGUGAAAGUGGAAUCUCUAAAUUGUACAUCAUAAGAUAUUGUGAACUUGUUCCCUCUAUGUAGUUUAUUCUUGAGCUAUUAAUAAUAUCAUGCAAUAACCUUAAUCUUCAAUAUUAUCAUCAACAUAUAAAGAUAAAUGAAAUCUACACAAAGCAGAACUAAAAACCAGAUAUUGUUCUUAGAACCCAUAUUCCUGCAAAUAUGAUCCCUAUAACAAUGAGUAAUCACAAGCAUUAAGCAAGACUUGUAGAAUGAAGAAAAGAAGUAACACUACUACAGUCUACAACUUAUUUCACCCAUAGUCAAUGGGCAGUGCAGUGCCCCCCAUCUAUUAGACUUAAUAAAUCAAAUUACACUGGGUAA